CAACCUCCAUCCACCACACACGAACAGACAUUCGCCUGGAGGAGCAAUGGCGAUCGCCAGUGGGAGUGGCAGUCGCGACGUCAGCUUCUUUGUGCCACCAGACGCCUUGGAUGAGGGUGACAGUGGCAAUGGGCUCCGAGGCGGUGGUGUCUCUGACGACGAGGCCCGGGAUGCCAUGCUGAGGCUCGUCGCGACCGUCGUGAAGCGUCAGGGCAUCGAGGCAGUCGAUGAAGACGUCAUGCGUUUCCUCCUGGAUGAGCUCCACAGCGUCCUCGUCUCGCUUGCAACGCAUGCACAGUCGAUGGCUUCGGCCUCGCGAAGGCGGACCGCUUCGGCCAGGGACGUCUUUGCUGCGCUUCUGUACGCAGGCAGGAGGCUUCAUCCAACCGAGCUCGACAGAUACGAGAAGAAAUCCAGCGAGGCACGCACCCAAGAGUCGCGCCAAGCCUGGUCCCGCAAUGCCGCCAAAGAGCUCAAGGGAAAGGGAAAAGGGCCGGCGUGGAAGGAGCCCACUCAACACUGGUUGCCCAGCGAUGAAGAGGAAGACGUAGAGGAUCAGAACCCAAACAAGGAAAAGGAGGGGAAGCGCUCGAAAGAUGUUAAGGGAGAAAUGACGAAAAUGAAGCGACGACGAAAGGUCUUCUACAGGCCCGAUAUUGUCCCUGGGCACUUUCCAGCACUGCCGCCCAAACAUACAUGGCUUCAGACGCCUGCAUAUGCAAAGCCCGCUUCAUCUACAAGGAAUCCCCUUGAAUUUUUGGAGCUCAAGCAGGCGUCGACAAUGCAGACCGAAACGUCCCUAAGAGGGCUCAUCACUUCGACAGAGGCCGCCCGUUCCCUAGCUUCAAAGUCCUUUUCCUCUUCCUCGAAAGCUGCUGCACCGGACCGGUCAUCCGCGGCACCCGAAGGGCAGGCCCACAGCACAUCCACCGAAGUCGCUUUUCGCGACGUCUUCGACCAGGGAAAGGCCCCGGUACACGCAGCCGAGCCUGUGUUCCAGGUGCAGUCGCAGUCUCAAAAGACCAUCAGCCCUCGUUCAGGCACGCCCGUCCGAGGCUCUGGUACCGACGGAGCUAUGUCGACGGUAAGCUCGCCAGAGCAGGUCCAGCAGCUUCCGGAGCGGACGGUCGAGACCACUCCAACACAAGAAGAGCGAAAAGCAAAGAUCCGCAUGGGACGAAAUCUCUCGCUGAAGCUCCGGACCUCGUCCUCGGACGCAGCAGCCCCUUCGACUCCAGGCCCACCGGGCCCAUCAACGCCGAUACGAGCGUCGCUGAGCCGUGCGCGACCGAAUCUGAUGCUCAAGAGCGCCCACAGCCACCUCUCCCACGGUCACGGCCAUUCGCUUUCCUUUUCUGGCUCAUCUCCGAUGGCUGCUUCUCCACAGUCCACACCUCCGCCAUUUGCUUUAAAUCUCCAAGCGCGAAGGAAUACGCUUGCAUCAGCCAAUUGGCCGCAGUGGCCCAGUUCAGCAACAGGAGUUGCCGCCUCUGGUCCGUCGACACCUGCUCCGUCUGGCUCUUCCUCCUUCACCUGGGGCUUCCCCCCUCCUCCUCCCUCGGCGAUGACGCCCGCCGCACAGGGCGGCCCCGGAUCGUGGGACGACUUUGGCAGGGGUGGCGGCCUCAUGACGCCCCUGACGCCCGGUGCCGGCUUCGUCUAUCCUCCAACGCCAUCGGACGUGCACAGCAAUGCGCCCUUCGGACAGCAGCUUCAGCUUCAGCAGCAGCAGCAACGGAGACGCUACGGCAGCGUCAUUGUACCUACGGCUGGCUCAGAAGCGGGGACAGAAGGUGCAGGAGGAGACGGCGCCGGUGCAGAGUUUGAAAUUCCUCUACCGGGGGUUGUCAACUACCAGCGAUCCCACCCUCGACUGCGGGCGGCAUGAUGGCAUCGCCACAUCGCCGUCUGAUGACUCGGUCUUCAUUCUCUCUCUGGCCUGUACUUUGAUCUCAAGUUUGAUUACAUCAGUUGGUGCAGAAGCUGUUCAACCAUCCUCAAAACGAAAGACUGGGUAUCGUCGUGUAAUUCUUUCUUUCUCGCUCUCACUUGCUCUUGGUACGUGAGGCAGUCGAGACUGACGGCGAAACCACUAGCUUUCCUAGGAACUUAUUCGCCCACUUCCGCUUUGAUGCCCCUACACCAAAGAUCGACACACGUGAAGAGCAAG